AUGAAGAGAAAAAGGUUGAAUCUUGAGGAAGAAUCUGAUCUCCAGCCCAAGAUGAGAAGAGGGUCAGAAGAGAUGGAUGUGAAGCCUGACAAGGCUGACACCUGUGUAGAGGCAACCCCGUCUAUCACCAUAAAAGAGAGAGAGAGAAACAGGGCGUCCGUUCCUUGUGAAGGCCCUGAGGUGAAGGAGAAGAGGAGAACAGAUAAGGAAGAGACCAACGUCAAGACUGAAAAGAGACAGACUUUUUCAGUCGUUACAUUUUGGGCCGUCUGCUGGGGAAAGGAGGAUGUGGUGCAGUCCACGCAGGAGUUCGCAAAUCAGACGGUGGCCGUAAAGUUUAUGCGCAAACCUAGAAUUGACACCUACAUCACCCUCCCUGGGGACACACGCAGACUCCCUCUUGAGGUGGCACUCAUGAAGCUCGUGUGCGAGCCACCUUACUGUCCCUUGGUGAUCGAAUUGGUGGAAUGGCACGAGACAUCCACACAUGUCAUCCUGGUCCUGGAGCGGCCCGAACCCUGCACUGACCUCUUCGACUACUGCGAAAAAAACAACAUGUCUGAAUCAGUGGCUCGCAUCAUCACGCGGCAAGUUAUUAACGCUGCACGUCACUGCAGUGACCGGGGUGUCUUCCAUCGGGACAUCAAGGAGGAAAACAUUCUGCUGAACCCUCGUACUCUUGAGAUAAAGCUGAUCGAUUUCGGCUGUGGAGAUCUGCUGAAGAACACCCCCUACAAGAAAUAA